AUGCUGAAGCCAGCCACCUUGUUGCUUGCCUCGGCCAUCGCUGCCACUAGGGCAUGCGACAUUCCGAGCGAUACGCUCUCGAACAACAUCACAGAGGGAUUUGCCGUCCAGGUCCAAAACGCAUCGUUGCCGGUGGUCCAUAACCACUACCUGAAUAUCUGGGACUGGGGCGGCGGCGACCAGCACCUGUUUGUCAGUCCGUCCGGCAACUCGACGAGCGCACUCACGCUUGUCGAUGGCGUCCUCACGCUGCCCUGGGACCCGCCGCGUCGCGCAGUCAUCAACGGAGAGUACGAGGUCAAGGACAACACGACCAAGAUGUUCAUGACUGAGCGAGGAGACCCUCGCGCCGUCUUCGAGCCGGUCUACGGCUGCAAUCCCGAUACGGAUGCCGUGCAGAUCGAGCUGGCUUUGAAGUCCCUGGACACCCUGGCGGAGGGAGGCAACAUUGGCGUGAGGCCCUUCAAUGGCAUAUACGACUUCCGCUACACGCCGGAAGGGAAUACAGCCUAUGACCCCGAUCGUCCAUGGACCAAGGUGACUCUGGUCGUUGUGAGCCCGGAGGCGGUCACCGGCUUGUGA